AUGAUAGCUCUUGUCUACCUCACCAUUACUGCUCUCCCUCUCUCUUUUGCUCUUCCCCAGAGACCUCCAGUAGACCUGUCUCCAGAAGGCAGUUGCCCAGACAUCGUCCCAGGGCCGGGGCUCCCUAGCCUAGAGUCGUUGAACUUGACUUCCGCCGAUCUGUGCGUGUCGCCGAAGGAGUUCCAAGCUCGCUACAGAUCUCUACAUGGUGAAGACGAUGUCUCAGUGGAGGAGUCCAAAGAGGAGGAAGGUCAACUGGUUAAGCGCUACACACCGUGGUGUAGCCUCAACUGGCUCUCACAUCCCGAUAAGGCUAGAUCGUGCUUCAAUUACCUAUGGGCGCUUGGAAACACCGCUUGUGAGGUCCCGCAUGGGGUGACGAUAAGGUUUUGUCAUUCCACCGGUGGCUCAGAUGUUGCAUGGUAUGGAAGUACGAUCGAUGGGCUUUAUAACUGGUCUACUUGUCGCGAUGUUGCUCGAGGAGGUGAAUGGGUUCUUGAUAAUUGCUGGACUACGUGGCCUGGGAUGAUGUGGAUGACGGAAGGUGUGUAA